AUGGCCAACAUCUCUUACUCUGACCGCGGUAGCGGCGCUGAAGAUCACCCAAGUAGAGCUAAAUCUGAUUGCUACUACAUCAACAACAAGACUUUGCUACGAGCUCAUAUGACUGCUCACCAGAUUGAACUUCUUUGUUCAGGUCUGGAUAACUUCCUUAUGAUUGGUGAUGUAUACAGGCGAGAUGAAAUUGACUCUACCCAUUUUCCAGUUUUUCACCAAGUUGAUGCUGUCAGAUCACAACGUAAAGAACAGCUUUUAGCCGAUCACCCAGACUUAGAACUAUUUGAAGCAACAUUUGAUCCACAUACAUUUAAGAAUUCUAUAAGUGAUCCAAUGAAACAAAGUUGCCACACAUUAGAAGCAACAAAGCUUAUGGAGGCUCAACUUAAAAAUCAUCUUAUUGGACUUGUCAAGAUUCUCUUCGGUGAAAAUAUUAAACACAGAUGGGUUAAUGCAUACUUCCCAUUUACACAUCCAUCAUGGGAACUUGAAAUUUACUAUGAAAAAAACUGGCUGGAAGUGCUGGGCUGUGGUAUUUGCAUUAACGAUAUUUCAUUCUGGCUACCACCAAAUCUUACCAUAGAUAAUUUUACUAGCAACGAUUUUUAUGACUUAGUGCGAAAUGUUGGUGGUGAUAUCAUAGAACAGGUGAAACUUAAAGAUAAAUUUGUGCAUCCAAAGUCAAAGAAACAUAGUCUUUGCUAUAGCAUUGUAUACAGGCAUUUGGAAAGAACUUUGACACAGGCAGAAGUAAAUAAAGUUCACAAGAUGAUUGAAAGAGCAGCUGAAGGUGCUUUUAAUAUUGUCAUCAGA